UGAAAAGGGACCGGAAGUGGUGGUGUGAUGAAGUUGUGGUGAAAGUCGGUAACUGAGUAACGGAGUGAUGCAUUUGUUUGUUUGUUAGACGUUUUGUAGAGUUUAUCGCAGUAAACAUGGCGGCUAAGCGUAAAGCGGACGUGACGGUUCCUGCGGAGGAGAGCGACCAGCUUCUGAUCCGUCCUCUAGGAGCCGGUCAGGAGGUUGGACGAUCCUGCAUCAUCCUGGAGUUCAAAGGCAGGAAAAUCAUGCUGGACUGUGGGAUCCAUCCCGGUCUGGAAGGAAUGGACGCUCUGCCCUACAUCGACCUGAUCGAUCCAGCUGAGAUCGACCUGCUGCUCAUCAGCCACUUCCACCUGGACCACUGUGGAGCACUUCCCUGGUUCCUGCAGAAGACCAGCUUUAAAGGACGCACCUUCAUGACGCACGCCACCAAGGCCAUCUACCGCUGGCUGCUGUCGGACUACGUCAAAGUCAGUAACAUCUCGGCGGACGACAUGCUGUACACUGAGACGGACCUGGAGGACAGCAUGGAGAAGAUCGAGACCAUCAACUUCCACGAGGUGAAGGAGGUGGCGGGCAUCAAGUUCUGGUGUUACCACGCCGGCCACGUCCUGGGAGCCGCCAUGUUCAUGAUCGAGAUCGCCGGUGUCAAGCUGCUUUAUACAGGAGACUUCUCCCGGCAGGAGGACAGGCACCUGAUGGCUGCAGAGAUCCCCAGCGUGAAGCCAGAUAUCCUCAUCACAGAGUCGACGUACGGCACCCACAUCCAUGAGAAGCGUGAGGAGAGGGAGGCCCGCUUCUGCAACACAGUGCACGACAUCGUGAACAGGGAGGGCCGCUGUCUGAUCCCCGUGUUUGCUUUGGGACGAGCUCAGGAGCUGCUGCUCAUCCUGGAUGAGUACUGGCAGAACCACCCGGAGCUCCACGACAUUCCCAUCUACUAUGCCUCAUCUCUGGCCAGGAAGUGCAUGGCCGUCUACCAGACCUACAUCAACGCCAUGAACGACAAGAUUCGCAAGGCCAUCAACGUCAACAACCCCUUCGUCUUCAAGCACAUCAGCAACCUGAAGAGCAUGGAUCACUUCGACGACAUCGGCCCCAGCGUGGUGAUGGCGUCUCCUGGUAUGAUGCAGAGCGGCCUUUCCAGAGAGCUGUUUGAGAGCUGGUGCACCGACAGACGGAACGGCGUCAUCAUCGCCGGAUACUGUGUGGAGGGAACGUUGGCCAAGCACAUCAUGACUGAACCUGAGGAGAUCGCCACCAUGUCGGGUCAGAAGCUUCCUCUGAAGAUGUCUGUGGACUACAUCUCCUUCUCUGCUCACACUGACUACCAGCAGACCAGCGAGUUCAUCAGAGCCCUCAAACCUCCUCACGUGAUUCUGGUCCACGGCGAGCAGAACGAGAUGGCUCGACUGAAGGCAGCUCUGAUCCGCGAGUACGAGGACAACGAUGAGGUCCACAUCGAGGUCCACAACCCGAGGAACACUGAGGCUGUCACGCUCACCUUCAGAGGAGAGAAGCUGGCAAAGGUGAUGGGCGUGCUCGCAGACAAGAAGUGUGCUCAGGGUCAGAGGGUCUCUGGGAUCCUAGUGAAGAGGCACUUUAACUACCACAUCAUGACCCCAUCUGACCUCUCCAACUACACAGAUCUGUCCGUGGGCAACGUGACCCAGACUCAGGCCAUCCCGUUCACCGGACCCAUCUCCCUGCUGGUGAGCCAGCUGAAGAACCUGGCAGGUGACGUUCAGCAGGUGGAGAAAGCGGAGAAAAUCACAGUGAAGAUCUUUGAAAGCAUCACUCUGGUUCAUGAAGCCGGCAUGGUGCUGCUGGAGUGGGUCGCCAACCCGCUCAAUGACAUGUACGCAGACGCCGUCACCACAGUGGUCCUGGAGGUCCAGUCCAACCCCAAUGCCCAGAAAUUCCUGGACAGCAGGAAGGAGAUCUUCGACAUGGAGGUGUUUGUGGAGCGUCUGGAGCUCAUGCUGCACGACAUGUUCGGAGACGACUGCGUGGACUUCAAAGAUAGCAGAAAUUUGUGCGUGACGGUGGACGGAGCCACGGCGACAGUCGACCCGGAGACGAGAGCGGUGACGUGUCUGGACGACGAGCCUCUGAGGGAGAUGAUUGAGGUCGCCAUCCAUCGUCUCUUCGAGGCCCUGACGCCUGCCUUCUGACAGGCCACGCCCACUUUAUCCAAGUUUCCUUGUUUUUUUCUACUGAUUAACAACAAGGCUGCUCCAUUAUGAUUGCUUUUGUACAAAAUAAACAUCUUUUGUUGGA